AAAAACGACAUUAGUGAUCAGUUCCAAAAUUUUAUUCCUAUUUCCGCAUUCGAUUAUUAUUCAGGAUAAUUUUAUUUUGGCUAGCAAAGUGCAUGAUUUAGUGGCAAAGUAGUUUACCAUGGCAGCCAACAGGGAACGCCGUUCGAAUGCGGGAAAUCGCAUUGCUAAACUUCUGGACGAAGAGGAGGAGGACGAAUUUUACAAAACAUCUUACGGAGGAUUUAACGAAACGGCAGACGACCGGGAUUAUGUCCAGAAGAAUGACGACGAAGAAGACAUUGUCGAUUCGGACUUCAGUAUCGACGAGAACGAUGAACCGGUCUCAGAUCAGGAGGAGGAAGCGCCAAAGAGAAAGAAAAAGGUCGUCACCAAAGCGUACAAAGAACCGGUUAAGAAGAAAUCCCCCGUAAAGGCAGCCAAGGAAGCAAAACACAAAUCCGAGCGGCAAAAGUCUCCCAAGAAGAAAGAGAAGAGCACUUUUACGGUGUUAGAUUCGGGUCGGAAGUCCUUCCGUAAAUCGACAGCUGCAAAAACGGCCGCCACCCAAAUCCGUAUGAAGCAACGGGUCGAGGCUGAAAAGCUUAAACCGAAGGUGGUCAAAGUGGAGGAAUAUAUUCCCACCCAGGAGGAGCUGCUGGAGGAGGCCGAAAUUACCGAGAAAGAGAAUCUGAAGUCGCUAGAGAAAUUCCGGAAAAUGGAGCUGGAGAAGAAAAAAACCCGCCCGACCAAACGGGUUUUCACUGGUCCCAUUGUCAAGUAUCAAUCGUUCACCAUGCCACUGGUAGAAGAGGCUUCACCGAACAAAAGUGGUUCAUCGGAAUCUUUGUCUAGGAUGGAAUGCGACGAUGUGGAGGAAAUAAAGGAGAGAAGUAAACUGAGGAAACCCAAAAAGGCAUCGACAAAGGUGGAAGUAAAAGGAAAAUGCGAGCGUACGUUUAUCACGUUCGAUAACGACAUUGAUGAUCAUUUGUUCGACAGUUAUUUCCCAAAAGCGACGAAACGGGACCGACGUAGUCAGAUUUGCGCCAUUACUAGGCUUCCUGCGCGAUACUUUGAUCCGGUCACACAGUUGCCCUACCGUAACAAACAGGCGUUCAAAAUACUGCGGGAAGCUUACUAUCAGCAGUUGGAAGACAGAGGUAACCCGCAAAAUCCAGACGUCAGUAAAUGGCUUGAGUGGCGCAAAAAGAUAAAAGAAUUUAGGAUUAAGAGCUUGAACAAAAACAGUGCACUACUCGGUAUGAUCUCCUCUACUGGAAGUGCAUAACUAUGUACUAUCUGUGUCGCAUUAAACUCGCUAACAGAUACACUUGUUGGCGCCAAUCGAA